AUGGCUGAGUUCGAAGUUUUAUAUAAUUUGUUGGAUCUUGACAUAGAACAAAGAUACCAGCAAGAGCAAACAAAGAGAGAUUUCUUUAAUAUUGCUGGUUUCCCAAAGGUAUUGGGUGCGAUAGAUUGUACUCAUGUCCAAAUACGAUCCUGUCACGACUCUUUCAUCCUUUCUCAGUCAUCGAUCGCACGGUACAUUGAAGGACAUGACAUGUAUGAUAGCUUACUGAUAGGUGACAAUGGAUACAGUCUGAAGAAAUGGCUGAUGACACCAGUUCUUAGUCCACAAACAGCAGGUGAAAAUGCAUAUAAUGAAGCACACAGAAGAACUCGCAGUGCAAUUGAAAGCACAUUUGGAAUGCUUAAAAUGCGCUUUAGGUGUUUGGACAGGAGUGGUGGUGCAUUGCAAUACAGUGUGAAGAAGGUUGCAGAAAUAUUUGUUGCAUGUUGUGUACUACACAACAUAGCAACUACUCGUGGAUGCUUGUUAGACAUUAGUGAAACCAGGUUAAAUGCCAUAAAUCAACAGGAGGCUGACUUUGAUGAACCAGUAGCAGCGCCGGAAAGUGGCAGAAAUGUACGCAACAUUAUCAUUGCCGAGCACUUCACUGAAAAUGAAUAAUGCUUAACAAUUGAAAAUCAUCCAUCCAUUAUCAUUAACCGCUUACUCCUUUACAGUGUCGCGGUGAGCCAGAGCCUAACCCGGCAUACACAGGGCGCAUAGAGGGCAAUUUAGAGUGACCAAUCAACCUGGACAGCAUGUCUUUGGACUGUGGGAGGAAACUGGAGUACCCGGAGAAAACCACGUGAACACGGGGAGAACAUGCAAACUCCACACAGACAGUAUCCUGGGCUGGAUUUGAACCCAGGACCCUGGCGCUGUGAGGCAGCAGCACUAACCACUACGCCACCAUGCUGCCCCUCAAUUGAAAAUAAGAGUGGACGAUCACAAUCUGGAGAGGACGCAGCUGAUAAAUGAGAACCUAUGGGAUCAUGCUCUUCAUCUUGCGUAA